UGCAUUUAUUGCAUGAAUAUAGGUUUAUUUAAAUAACUUAUAAAAUGAUGCAAUAAUUGCUGGUUAGCUCCGAUGCUAACCAACACCAUCCAUAACCAUGGGAUGGUUCAUGGCUAUUAUUAGCGGGUUUGUUUCAUAUAAUAAUUUUAUAUUAACGCAAAGACUCAGUAAAACCUUGGAUACCUUUGCUUUGAACGURGAGGUUGAUGGAUGCAUAUGCGUUGACAAAUAACAGAAUCUGCUAAGAAGACAUGAUUCUUCUUCUUGUAUUUAAAGUUGCAGCUGCGUUCGGAUCGGCUGUGUGUGGAAACAUGAGUAUGGAACUGGAAAAGAUCCAGCAAGUUAUUGUUGGAGAGGAAAUGAAGACCCCCUUGUCUAAUGAGGUGAACCCUGGGCAUGUGGACUUCCCAAUUCAGCCACAUGGUGAUGAGAGUCUGCAGUGUUUUCCGUGCUUCAUCACCUUCAGUGACCCUAAAGCCAAAGAGAGACACUUGAAGAAGCAUCACCGCGACCACUACRCACAACUCCUGCAGCAGACUAAUACACUGUUUACUUGCUACAAGUGUGACAAGUCUUUCAACUCAUCUGAAGAGCUCAAUCAGCACCAAGUGACACAUAACACAGAUAAAACACCCUUCUUCUGCAAAGAGUGCCAGAAAAGGUUCAGCAUGUUAUCUCAGCUAAGCACACACAGACGAUUUAAGUGCAAAGAGCGAAAACAUGCCUGCAAGGACUGCGGUGUUUUGUUCCUCACUGGCCUUCGGCUUCAGCUCCAUCGCAAAACAGUGCACCGCGGCAACGCAGGCGGCGCUAAAGACAUCAACACCUUCCGAUGCUGCAAAUGUAGUUGUGGUUUUCAGACCGAAGAAGAGCUUCUGCAGCACCAGGAGAUGUUCGCUAGUGACCAGAACUGUGGUCUUAAGCCUCGGCGCAAAAAACGUGUCUCUAAACGCAAACGUGCAUCGGGGAAGAUCGAGCAAGAGGCCGGAGCAAAACAACUCAUUGAGCAAUCCGCCUCUGCCGAGCUCAACAUUCCCUGUCCUAAACCAGAUUGUGAUUGCACCUUUCCCUCCGUUGAAGCCCUGAGGGCACACAAGCAAGACAAACACAGCCCCAUCCUUCACAAAGCUCCCAGCUCAGAAUACACCUGCCCCACAUGUGGGAAAAGCUUUGCAAGAGAACGUAGCCUAAAAUCUCAUCAGGCUUCCCAUAAAAASGGUGAAAAGGUUGCAGAUGUGAGAUAAUAUAUGUGACAUUGUCCUACAUCAUUUGUGUGUAUGAUUUUCAUUAAGAGUUCUUUUACUCUUAACUGGAAAUAUAAAUAAAUAAUCUUUAUU